GCUGCACACGACACCACUGACGUGCCUGGCGUUCGAUGUGGUAGCCUCGCUGAGUUCGAGCUCCCGCCUUAGGCGAGAAACUCGACGGCGAUGGCAACUGCCCCAUCGCAGGCUGCUGAGGCCCAGGCCCAGGCCACCGGGCAAGCAGAGGAGGCGGUGGCCCCAGUGGCGAAAGCCAAGGCCAAGGCCGCCACCUCCGCUGCUGCCCCUUUGGCUGGAAAGGCGGAUAAGCCCAAGGCCCUGAAGGCCGCAGAGCGAAGCCGGGCCUGGCCCCCGCUCCCUCAGAUCCCUUCCACAGUAGCAGCACAAGAUUCGGCAGCCAUGGUGGCGGCGAGGGCGGAGGAGGAGCUGGAGGACACAGACUGCAAGUACCUUGACGACUGCCUCGACUACGACGACGACGACGACGACGACGACGACAACAACAACGGCAACUACGACAACUAUGACUGUGAGGACAUGGACCUGGACGAGGAAGAAGAGGAGAAUGAAGAGGCUGCGGUGGGGGUGGCGACGGGGGCGGUGGCCUCGGGGGAGGCGGAAGCCGCCGUAAGCUUCAACUGGGCGAUGAACCGCAGCAACAACCCACGCAGCAACAACCCACGCAGCAACAUCGACAUGUCUCUGGAUGAAAUCAUAAGGCUCCAGCGGAAGAAGCAGUCCCAGGGCCAAGCUUAUCGAGAUAAAAGGAGAGAGUACCAGUAUGCCACAAACAGAAACCAGGCUUACAACCAGAAAUCUGAAUUUUACAAUGGACCCCAGCGAUUAAGGAAGUGGUUUGGACGCCAGAAUAAUUACAGAAGAACCAUUCAGAAUUCCUACAAGCCAAGGCCAUUUCCUCCCAUCACCAGGCGGAUCCCAGGUGACAGAAACAAUGCAGCUUCUGAGGACAUUGGCCACAACGAAUCAACAAGUAGGCACUACAAGAACCACCCCAGCCGCCAUGAGAGAAUGGGAAGACAGCUGAGUCUUGGACCAUCGGGCAAACCAUUGCCAAGAGAUGGAAGAAGCCCUUCAGAGGCUUCAAGAUCAGCUGUUGUUGGUGAAGCGUUGGCUGACAGAAUGAUGAAGCAGAAGCAGCAGAGGGAGAAUAAAGUGAAUCAGAACCGGGGGAUACCACCACACAAAGUGAGGACAUCUGACGGGAAAUCUCCAAGCAGGAGCAGCUAUUCUGGUAGGUACCAAGUCCAGAUGAAACCCGGAUCAAUCCUCACGGUUUGUGUUGCCAAUCCUCAAGCGGUCCAAAAUAAGCAUGACAGAUACAAAAGAAAUGAUGGGGAAAGUUCAUUUCCAAAGGAUAGAUGGAACUCAUCUAGGACUGAGAAAUUUCAGCCCAAAGGGAUCUCCCUGAGAUACAAUUUCCGGGCCGUUGCCAAUCAGACGAAAAUUACCCUCAACGAGAGAUUCUCUGGCCUGAAGAUCAUCAAAGGGAAUUUCACAAUUACCAAACCUGGGAACAGAACUGUCACACUGCCUUAAAUGUUCACAGUAGUUAUGAUAAUACUGCCAGUGAUUGCUUAAUGCUUUUGUUUUCCCAGAGAUAGAGUGAUUUUUCUCCCAAUAGUUCGCUAACAUAGAUUUUCCACUUUCCAGAAAAUUGCUUAUGCUGCAGUCUCAGUAAUCCAUUUCCAGUCAUGUGUAUACAUACACCCCGAGGAACAAAGUCCCUGAGGGCUCUCUAUUCGUGUUCCUUUACUAGAAAAGUUGUCAGGUGAGAUAGGAGACAGAAGGGGUGAACCAUCUGCAUGGUGUCUGGCCGUAGCAUAGUUGUGCUUUCCUCUUUCGAUGCCCUGUAGCAGUAGAGAGGGCACUUUCUCUAUGAAUUUACUUGUUCGUUAAAACUGAGGAACCCAUUUCAGAUCCUGCUCCAUCAUUAGAAUAAAUGUCCACACGGGCUGUUCUGUCCAUGACCUUGGCAGGGCUGAACUUAAAUGUCUACAUGUGGGACAGACCAUGAGGUAUUUCUUUUGACGUUGUGGCAUUGAACCUUGACAUAGCUUUGUAGAGAUUUAGAGGAUGGAGCAUUGUCUGCUAUGUGUAAACAAAUUAAAUAAAGUCUUUGGAAACCA